AUGUCGAUUCCAGCAAAACAGGCUGCCUUGUCGGUUCCACCUGUAGAUCUCCUAUCAUUCAACGAAUACUUGAAAGGCUGCCGUCGUAUCAUUGCCCUGCUAGGAGCUGGUAUUUCUGCAUCUUCAGGUCUGCCUACUUUUCGAGGUGCUGGAGGACUCUGGCGAUCCUACGAUGCAACCUCCCUAGCAACCCCGGAGGCGUUUACUGCCAACCCAGGACUUGUAUGGCAAUUCUACAGCUAUCGCCGACAUAUGGCAUUGAAAGCAGAUCCCAACAGAGCACACUAUGCAUUGGCUGAGCUCUCGCGAAGGAACAAAAACUUUAUAACUUUAUCUCAGAAUGUUGAUGGGCUUUCUCCACGAGCACAUCACCCAGCAGAACAGUUGCAUCUACUCCAUGGGUCUCUUUUCGAUGUCAAAUGUACUUCCUUCUACUGUGACUACUCUCGGAAGAACGAUUUCACCGAUCCAAUUGUCCCCGCAUUGGAUAUUCGAACAGGAUCGGGUUCAGCUUCAUUGCAGCGAAUAUUGGGGCAUGGGAGUGAAGUUGAUAUCUCUGAUGCCAGCAUUUCAAUCCCCAAACUGACACCAAGUGACUUGCCCAAAUGCCCCAAGUGCGACGGCCUUUUGAGACCUGGGGUAGUCUGGUUUGGAGAGGGUCUACCUUCUGACACACUUACUGCAGUUGAUGACUGGAUGAAUGAGGCCCCAGUGGAUCUUAUUUUGGUCAUCGGCACUAGUUCACGCGUAUGGCCAGCCGCAGGAUACGUUGAUGAUGCCAGAGAGAAGGGCGCUAGAGUUGCUGUGGUCAAUAUGGAUCCAGAUGACAUCCCGGGUGGUAGCUUGGAAGAGGGAGAUUGGUUCUUCCAAGGGGAUGCAGGUGUCAUAGGACUUCAUACUGUAUCUUCAAAAGAGACCUCUCGUGUUGAUCAUCAGCUUGUCGUUUACCAGUAUACUCAAAACUUUAUCGAACUCGACUAUAUCUCAACCGCAGCCAUGGCUAGAGAAAGUGACGCCCCGGGCGAUUCCUUCACCCCAAGACGGCCGAAAGAAAACCCACAGGCUGCAGUAUCCCAGCAACAUGAAUUUGGAAAACCUUCGCCGAUGGGCCCUCAAAGGUCCAACCACCUUUUUAAUAUCCCCAAGCAAAAUAAAGCACGCGUAGAACAUCAUCGUCCUCAUCCAUCACAAAAUCCUCCAGUCCAACCAGGUGGGCCAUCAUCCCAGACUCAACGUCCGCAACCGCAGCCAGGUUAUCAACCUGGAGCUCCCCAAAGCCAGCGCCCGCCGGUAUCCCAUCGAGGUGCUCCAUUCGAUCCUUUCAAACCUGUGAGACCAUCUGCAUAUGGUGACAAUAAGAUAGAUCUUACAGGAGCGACUCCUAUCAAGCGUCCUGGAACUGUCACAUGGGCCACCCCCAAAGCCCCAAGACAGUUGUUCACGUCCAAGCCCUCUAACGCGUCGAGAGCCUCGAGCAAUAUUCAAAACUUCAUGAACCUCACAGAACACGAGAAUUUUUCUACCCAACGGAGAGACCAGGUGUCAACCUUCGGUGUUUUAGACUACGAUGGCUACGUUGAUGUGGCCAAGACCAAUGAAGAAAUGAAAGCUUUGCUCGAGGGUGUCAUCGAAGAUGACGAGGAGGAAAAACCCCGAUCAAAAAAGGGCAAGAAGAAGAAUCAAAAGAAACAAUCUAAACAGGCCAAACAAUCACCUACAAUUCCGGAAGUAAUAGCCGACACAAGUGAUGAUCUUGAUGAUCUAGCUGCUCAGCUACAGGGAGUCACUGUCAGCGACACUAAACUAGAAGCAUCGGAGGUUGGCGACAAUACAAAAGUGACACCCGCGGAAAUAUCUGAAGUUGAGGCAAAAGAUGAAAUCAAAAACGGAUCAGACGAAGAAGAAGAAGAUGACGACGAUGAAGACGAAGACGAAGACGAUGCAACUAUCGAAGGCUUGAAAGUCACUCUGCUUCCUCACCAAGUAGAUGGCGUCCAAUGGAUGUCUGACAAAGAGACAGGCCCACGUAAAAAAGGAAUCUUGCCCAAAGGCGGUAUCCUCGCCGACGAUAUGGGUCUGGGUAAGACUGUCCAGGCUAUUUCAUUGAUGCUCAAGAACCCCAAAACCGAAAACGACGAACACAGCGAUAAAACCGAACCGGCUUCCAACAAAGAUGAUGCUAAGAAUAAUGGUGCGAAGAAUGAUGAUGAGCCUGCUGUUCGUGUCAGCAAAACUACUCUCGUCAUCGCCCCCUUAGCUCUCAUCAAGCAAUGGGAAGCUGAGAUUGCUGACAAAGUUGAAAAGACUCAUGCACUCCGUGUCUGUUUGUAUCAUGGGACCAACAGAGCGAAGGCUGCCGCUUCCUUGGACAGCUAUGAUGUUGUCAUCACUACGUAUGGAACUCUUACCUCGGAACACGGAGCGGUCGCAACUGCGAAGAAGAACAAGUCCGGUAUCUUCUCGAUGUACUGGUAUCGAAUCAUCCUUGAUGAAGCCCAUACAAUCAAGAACCGAAAUGCCAAGGCGACCCAAGCAGCUUGUGCUUUGAAUGCUAAGUACCGAUGGUGUUUGACAGGAACACCACUGCAGAACAACCUCGACGAGCUGCAAAGUCUGAUCAAAUUCCUUCGUAUCAAACCAUACGAUGACCUUGCCGCCUGGCGUGAGCAAAUUAGUAAACCCAUCGCGAAUGGCAAAGGAGGCCUAGCCAUUCAGCGUUUGCAGAUCUACUUGAAAGCUUUCAUGAAGCGCCGUACCAAGGAUAUCCUCAAGCUGAACAACGAUCUCAAGCCUGAUGAUUCUGAAGACGAUGGAAAGCCCAAGAAAUCAUCUCACGGGUUCCAGAUUACCAAGCGUGAGGUCAUUAAGGUGAAUGCUGAAUUCAUGGAUGGGGAGUUGAACUUCUAUAAACGCCUUGAGCAACGCACCGAAAACAGGUUGGAGCAAAUGAUGGGUGGAGCUAAGGUGGACUAUGCAGGUGCCUUGGUCCUGCUUUUGCGUCUUCGUCAAGCCUGCAACCACCCAGAACUCGUCAAAAGUGACUUGGCCGCAGACAAGGAUGUUCUUUUGCAAAAUGGAAAUCCCAGCAGCCAACCGGCCGCAUCAAAGCAGGACGACUUGGACAGUGUUGCCGACCUUUUCGGUGCCCUGAGUGUGUUGACAAAGAAGUGCGAUGUGUGUCAAACUGAGCUCAGCCAGGAUGAAUCCAAGAACGGUGCCUCUCGUUGCAACGACUGCGAGGCCGAUUUGAAUACCAACUUCAUGAUCAAAGAAAAGAAGACACACAAGUCGAAGAAAGAACACAAGAAGAGUAACGAACGUGUUGAACCUGAAGUGACUCGUGCCUCACGAAAGAAUAGACGAGUGAUCCUGGACAGCGAUGAUGAGGACGAGGAGGAUGGCGAGUGGAUUGUCCCAGAGGGCCAACGAAAUGUGCCUCAACUUGAAUCCGAUGAUGAGGAAGCAGAAGGCGGCGGAGAGUGGCUCGAUUCCGAUGAUUCAGAGACUGAUGACGAUUUUCCUGACUCACCAUCUGGAAAGAGGAGCAAACCCAUCGCUCUGAGCGGUUCAGAAGAAGAUUCGGAGGAAUCUGACUCCGGCGAGAAUAUUUACGGGAACGGCGAUCUCACGGGCGAAGGAGGAGAGUUACCUUCAACCAAGAUCCGUCACCUGAUGAAGAUCCUGGACGAGGAGGUUGCCGACUAUAAGUUUAUUGUUUUCUCAGUCUUCACGUCAAUGCUCGAUAAGAUUGAGCCGUUCUUGAACAGCGCGAAUAUUGGAUUUGCGCGGUAUGAUGGUGGCAUGAGAAAUGACCACCGCGAGGCCAGUCUUAACAAACUCAGAAACAACCGCGGCACUCGAGUAUUGCUCUGCAGUCUACGCGCCGGUGCAUUGGGUCUUAAUUUGACCGCUGCUAGUCGCGUGGUCAUCAUGGAACCAUUUUGGAAUCCUUUCGUCGAAGAACAAGCUAUCGACCGUGUCCACCGUCUCAAUCAGACGAUCGACGUGAAAAUCUACAAAAUGAUUAUCAAAAAUACUGUGGAGGAGCGAAUUGUCGAUUUGCAGGAUCGUAAACGGGAGCUAGCCAACGCGACCAUCGAGGGCAAGGCUAGCGCCGGAAAGCUGACAAUCCGUGAUAUGAUGGCUCUGUUCGGCCAUGAUGCGGAGAGUAAAUACAUCGACACGCAAAAGGGCCUAGACUUGAAAAAGCGAGUGGGCCUAUUGGAAUCUGCCGAAGAGUCUACUUCUCCCUAUCCCACACAGCCUGUUAUGCGACCUGAUACUCGUACUCAGGAACGUCGGCAGACAAGCCGAUCUACACCCGAGGAUCCUAUUUACGGUCGACGUUGGUGA